CGGUUUCAAUAUGCGCCGUUUUACCACUUGCAUUUGGCGCAGGAGCAUCUAUUUCCUCUUCUGGUAUUACAGUUUCCUUAUUAAAGCUUGAGUAUCGCCAGGUGUGGCCAGUUCUGGCCAGCGCUGUGUAUUCCUCUGGCUUAUACUGAGUCCCACCGUUAUCAUUGCUCGAUCGUCGCCGAAUAUCCAGGCAGAGCAUAUUUGACCGUCACUGUUGUCCGAAUGAUGGGUCACAAUUCAUAUUCCCCCGAAUAAUAGGUGGGGUUGAAGGACACCAAGUGGAGAAUUUCCACGGACGCCAUCAACCAUGAUAACGGCAUCGGCCGCUGGAGAGGCUCCCUUCCAUACGGAUGUGUCCUAUUCGGAAUCAAUACAUUGUCAAGAAUCAGACCGCCUCCCCAGGGACGUCAUGCAGAUACAGCAAGAAGAUUCAUCAAUACCUCCCUCCCCGUACGAAGCGCAUCCACACCUUCCAAUACCGCCCUUCCAAUUACAACUAGACACACCGCACGAUAAUGGAAACGGGACGACCGAAGUCCAGCAAUCACAAGCCCAUGCAUUGUUUGCACAGCUAGCUCAUCAGACAUUGGGCAGCGCAGAGACCGGCACCAGUUCUUUCCCAGCGCCGUUUGAUAUAGUAACACCUCGAUCACUGGAGAGGCGAUACGCCGAUAGCGCAUACGAUUCGGAGAGUUUAAUUGGGGAGGAUGCUCGCACCUUAGCGAGCUAUAUCACCAACUAUCAGUACGAAAACGGCAGAAGAUAUCAUGCAUACAAAGAUGGCGCCUACUGGGGGCCGAACGACGAGCAAGCCAACGAAAUGCAGGACCAAUCCCACCACAUGUACCUCCUCACUCUCGACGGCAAACUCCACCUUUCACCCAUCGAUCCCACCCCUCAGCAAAUCCUCGACGUCGGUACCGGCACCGGCAUCUGGGCCAUCGACAUCGCCGAUGCCUACCCCUCCGCCUCCGUCAUCGGCACAGACCUCUCCCCCAUCCAACCCGAAUUCAUCCCCCCCAACUGCACCUUCGAGAUCGACGACGCCACCGUCGAGUGGACCUAUCCCGAGGACCACUUCGACUUCAUCCACAUCCGCGAGAUGUUCGGCAGCAUCCCCGACUGGGAUUUCUUCUUGGCGCAAGCCCAUAAGGCCACGCGGCCGGGCGGAUGGGUCGAGGUGCUCGAGCAUAGUGUGCGGCCGAUCAGCGAUGACGGGGGCGUUGGGCCGGAGCAUUUCUAUACGACGUGGGGAAAUACCGUGGUACGGAUGGGAGAAGUGUUUGGGAAGUCGUUCGCUAUUUGGGACGAGGUGAAGGGAAGGAUGGAACGAGCGGGGUUCGUGGACGUUCAUGAAGUCCCGUUCGUUUGGCCGAUGAAUGGCUGGAGUAAGGACCCCAAGCUUAAGGAGCUUGGAAAAUGGAACCAGUUAAGGAUGCAUGAUGGCGUCGAGGGCUUCAUGUUACGGCUGUUGACGACAGUGGGCGGCUGGUCGUAUGACGGAGCGCAAAAGUUCUUGGAGGAUAUGAAGAAACAGCUGAAAGAUACCAGUGUUCAGGCAUUCCUCCCAGGAUCGGUUGUCUAUGGAAGGAAGCCGUUGUUGGACUGAUUCCGUCUCCUUCUGUGCUCGAGGAGGGGUGUUUCGCACUGAAAUUAGAGGCCGCUUCAAACUGCUGAUAUCGCAGGUGGUGGCGGUAGUCGCCAACGAGAUGGAGCCAGCAUCAUCGCCCACCUCAGUGCCAGCACGCGCCUGAAGCAGAAGGCGAUGGCACAUGUGAGAGGGAACUUACUGCAAUGCAUCUGGGACCGACGUAUAUUCGAUUUGAAUCACAUUUAGCAAGGCGUUGGCGGUUUUUCAUUUGGGAUCUCCGCUUCCAGGCCAAAGAGUGGCCAGUGUAUUUAUGAUACCCGCAGGCAACGAUCCUGUACACUUCAUUGGGUACAAUGGUCAAUCGUAUAGAUCGUGAC